UCAAAAAUAAAAUUAGACCUUGCCUACCAUCUUUUUGGUCUCACUCCUCCUUUUCACCCAUUCCUUUCAGCCAGGGUCCUCCUCGACCCCCCACGUAUACUGGCCCUGCAGGUCGGGGCAAGUGGCGCCCAACGUGGGGCUCGAGGUCCGGAUUUCUGCCAGGCGGACCAGCAUUGAGAAACGAUUCGUCGCGACCCCCUCCUUCUCAUCGCUCAUGAAGAGCCCCUGCGUUUUGAUGAGGUCUGCCCUUGGUUUAUGGUUACCGGCCCAGAUAUUCAUCCGGGAAAGUGGCAGAAGAAAAUGACGAUCCUCGUAAUUUUCCUCCUGUUCCGUGGGAGCCACGGUGGUUUUCAAUCUCCUGACCCAGUAGCGCUCAGCCGUGCCCUCUUUGGAAGCCCUUGUGACUGCGGCGGGGGCACGUUCACUGUCCGUCCCGCCACCUACACGCAAGAAGUGGACUGCGGGGAAAAGACAGCCUACCUCGCCUACCGUCAUUCUAUCACGGGCGUCUCCAAACCCAAGUGGGAAUGCGUAAGGAAGCCCCGAGUUAUCCCUCCGAAUGGUGGCCAGCCCGGGCCUUGCCCCAGUGAUUGCAACUACCUUGAGGCCUUGCACUCCACAUGCUAUAGUUCUACCCAGCAGUGCAGUGGCAGCUCAGGAACAGUCUAUCUUACUACAAUACAGGAAAGAGAAUAUGGUGGCUCCACAGGAGGGGACUGGGCGCAUAUAACUAGCCAAGGCCUACGUGGAAGUACCAAUAAGUAUGCUCAGGCUUCCUGUCGUAAAGAAAAUAUUGGAAAAAAUGUCUGUUGGCCCCUUCAUGCACCUGUCCAUAUCUCUGAUGGGGGUGGCCCUACAGACCAAAUUAGGGAACAUGAGAUUGAGGCUUCUCUUAAAAACACCGUCAAUAUCCAUUACCACCAACUUGCUUCGUCAGAAGAUCCUACUGAUACCAUGGAAGAGGGUCUCCAGUUCUCGAAGCUCGUGCAUCCGGAAUCUCGCUGCUCGCGGUGGUGGAGAAAUAUUAAGGAUAAAAAGUGAUCUGGCAGCUGUGAGAGAGCCCAUGACGGGAAUAUUGAGGUCCCAUGUU